AUGGAUGAAACUGCGGCAUGUGGUGGCGGCGGAUCGAGCGGCGAUCCGAUAAUUAGGACGACUAGCCCUAGAGGCCACUGGAGGCCCGCCGAAGAUGAAAAACUCCGGCAGCUAGUCGAACAAUUCGGUCCUCAAAACUGGAAUUCUAUUGCUGAUAAACUUCAAGGAAGAUCAGGUAAGAGUUGCAGAUUAAGAUGGUUUAAUCAACUUGAUCCAAGAAUAAACAGAAGGCCAUUUUCAGAUGAAGAAGAAGAAAGGUUGCUUGCAGCUCACGCAAUCCAUGGAAAUAAAUGGGCACUUAUUUCAAGAAUUUUUCCAGGUAGAACUGACAAUGCAGUUAAAAACCAUUGGCAUGUAAUUAUGGCAAGAAAGCAAAGGGAAAAAUCCAACCUAAUUUCUGGCAAGAUUAGUGAUGAUCAAUCAACCAAAUUAUCUCGCAGUACUACUUACGUUUUUCGGAGAAAGAAAUCGAGAUUUCAAGAGGAUAAUUACGGUUCGAAAAUCAGCUUCGAGAAUGGUGGGAUUUUCGAUUCGCAUAAAGACAAAAUCUUCUCUUUGUCGUCUGGUUCGUACACAUCACCAUGGCCUAAUUAUAAUUCAUCCGCUAAUUAUUCUGAUUUAUUCGGACCGAAAAAUAAUAAUCCCCGUAUGUUAGCUACUAUCCCUUUUAAUCAUCGCCUGAGCAAUUUUUCGAGUAGUACUCCAUUUAUUAGUUAUUUGGAGUGUGGAGAAAGUUCGUUUUCGUUUAGCAAAACGAGGACGAGUGGUGAGAAUAAUAAGCAGAUUGAAGAGAAAUCAAAGAAAGAUGUUCCAUUCAUAGAUUUUCUUGGUGUGGGAAUUCUGUAA